AUGUUACAGACGGACAUCAUCGUAAACGGUUUCGUUACAAAUCCUGUAGAUGAAAUUGACGAUUCGAAGGAGUUUGCAUGUCAACUCUCUUUCUUGAAAAAAGAGGAGCAGGUCUCCUCAUCGCAAAAUCUAUUUGAGCUGGAUGAUACGUAUGAAGAUCUGCUUCCAAUCGAAAAGCAUACGCCAAGUCUACAUCCAAUGCUCUCACCUGCUGAUCGUAACUCUGGAUCUCCUCAACUGGUGGCUGAUACACCACAAAAGGAACCACCAACGCAGUCUUUUACAAAGGAUGCAAAAGAGAACCGACUUACGGAGUUGAAACAGAUUUUGCAUUCGGACAACUGGAUGAUGGCGAAAUGUCAGCAACUGGUGGAACCUUUAUGGAGCAAAAUAUGCGCUAAAGGUUUUAUACUUCCGUUGUAUGAUGAUUUCGUUGCCGUCCCAGUUGUGCCAGAGGAGAUAACAAUAGAAGGCGAAGAUGAGCAGCUUUUGGUCGAAAAUCAGACGUUCUUGAUUUGGGCGACUAUAAUCGAAUUAGCGUCAAAAAUGUGGCCUGAAUCGCAAACGGAAAAAAUAAGAUUGAGUUCAAAAAUGCUUCCCAUUCCAAAAAAUGAGGAGGAAUUCUGUGAGAAAGCAACUGACUAUGUGCUAGAACAACUCAGUGAAAUGCCUCCUUCGCAUCGUUAUAAUCGAAUUUCUCUUCCUCCACCAUCUCCAUCUGCUGAUACAUCCGUGGACAAAGCAAUAGCAAGGCACGAGUAUCAAAAAGAUGUCCACAGUUUUGUAGGUUUUAGCUCAUUCUAA